GUGUAUUGUGAAGAUCACAGGGGAGAUGGUGCUGUCGUUUCCAGCGGGCAUCACCCGACACUUUGCCAACAACCCCGCUCCAGCGGUGCUCACCUUCCGCGUGCUGAACUACAACAGGCUGGAGCACGUCCUGCCAAACCCCCAGCUCCUCUGCUGUGAUAACACGCAGAGCGAUGCCAACACGAAGGAGUUCUGGGUCAACAUGCCAAAUCUUAUGACUCACCUAAAGAAGGUAUCAGAACAGAAACCUCAAGCCACCUAUUACAAUGUGGAUAUGCUCAAAUACCAGGUAUCUGCCCAGGGUAUUCAGUCUACUCCAUUAAACCUUGCAGUGAACUGGCGGUGUGACCCUGCAAGCACUGACCUCCGCAUCGACUACAAAUACAAUACAGAGGCAAUGACCACACCGGUAGCUCUAAACAACGUCCAGUUCCUCGUCCCCGUCGAUGGAGGAGUAACCAAACUUCAGGCUGUGCUUCCUCCGGCUGUCUGGAAUGCAAUGAUAUUGUGGAAGAUCCCUGAUAUCUCUCAGAAGUCAGAAAAUGGAGGUGUGGGCUCGCUGCUGGCCCGAUUCCAGCUCUCGGAGGGGCCCAGCACCCCGGCCCCCCUGGCCGUGCAGUUCACCAGCGAGGGGAGCACGCUCUCCAGCUGCGACAUCGAGCUCGUUGGCGCCGGCUACCGCUUCUCCCUCAUCAAGAAAAGGUUUGCGGCAGGUAAAUACUUAGCCGAUAACUGAUGGAAGCUUAUGCAAGUCUGUGGAAAAUAAUACGGAAAAUACCCAAGGACUGCUGUGCGUGGAACGGGUUUUAAUUACAGUUUAAGGAAAAUGAACUAAAUCCUGCACUCGGGACAUUUCUGUUGGAAGUGUCGACAACUUUCAGCAUUUUUUUUCCUUGGAAAACACCGUCUUGACCAGUCCUACAGUAUUUACUUCUAGAUGUAACAUUGUUAAUGGUUUUAAAAUGUAAUUAUUGUAUUUGUAAAUUGUACUCAUUCCAGUAAGGCUGUAUUUUGGCAGUUAGACACUUGAGUUUUAGCAUUUUACCAUUCAUGAAAUGGAUGUAAUUUAAACUGUGGUAUAUAAAUUUAAUAGUAGUACUGUUGAAUGGCACAAUGCUUACAGAGAUAGAUUACAUUUUGUCAAUAUAUACAAUUUAAAUACAAUACUGAUAGCUGUUAUGAAGGGGGUGCCUCAUAAAAAGAG